AUGUAAACUUACCAAAGUAAAUUUACUCUGCAUUAGAAAUUUUAUCCGGAAAGUUACCUUCUCAGCAGUUUAAAGUCUUAAAUCCAUUUAGCUAACUAUUAGAUAACUAUUUAAUAUAAUACUAAAACAUUAAAUAUUUAAAAAUGGAACUUCCUUAUCACAUUUUAAUCAACUGUGGUUAAGCUAUCAUUUUAUUUGCUAUAUGCUCUUUUCUCUUUGCACUAUUUUACAUCCUAACAGAGAAAAUUUUUAUAGAUAAAGUCAAACAAAUUUCAAUUAAGGUCUACUAAUCUUUAUUCUCUUCAUUACUGA